AUGCGUGCCUAUGCCUUGCAUGCCCAGCCCCUUCAGCACGAUGCGACAGCCACCUCACGCAUCCGGCCGACAGCCGAAGAGUGCUUUGUCAUGGUGGUCCCGAACUGGGAUGAUCAGCAGGCCGGACGGACCGUCGUCGACGGCCCUGUCCUUGACCUGGACGAGGUGCAAGCAGCAGUCGGCGCGAAGCCGUCUGCAUGGCGUCAAAGUACCGCCACUCCGAUCUUUGCUCCAACGAAUGUUAUGAUUUUCUUCCAGCCAAAGCGUUGGCGUGUAGUCCAAAUGGACCUUGUGCGAGAGCGCACUCGCGAGGUCUGGUUGGAGCAGGCCCUGCCUGAAAGUUUAAAGAGCAGAUGGAUGAACAGCCCCGGACCCGUCUCUGUGUCGGCAACCGCCACAGCGUCGGGUGUGGAGAUGCUGCUGGCAUUGCCUGGCCUCCGUGGAGAUGGCGUCACACAAAUCUUUGCCAGCCUUUAUUUUCCUGCGGCCACGGACGCAAAG